ACUGCUGACCCCGGAGCUCCGUCUCCUCAUGCUGCACUCCGGCUCUCCGCUUCCACAGGAGCCUCAAACUCGCACCUCUCCAGCAAACAAGGCUGUGUUUGUUGAGACUCCCAUCGAGCCAAUCCGAACGCCGUUGCUCUUGGCAACCAUGUCCAUCAUUUUUCAACGCCCAAUGAGCGACGGGGGCGGCGCGGAGUCCAGGUGCGCCUCGGCGUCCCCUUGGCAGAGCGCCUGGGAGCCGCCUAUGGGCAGGAGCAGGUCUCUCAAAUGAGAGGUUCCUUUAAUAACAGCGACCAGUCCGGCUCCGGGAGUCAUGGCGACCGCAGCGUCUAACCACUACAGCAUCCUUACCUCCAGCGCAUCCAUCGUGCACUCGGAGCCUGGCGGUAUGCAGCAAGCCACGGCGUACCGGGACGCGCAGAGCCUGUUGCAGAGCGACUACCCGCUACAGAGCAACAGCCACACGCUCAGCCACGCGCACCAGUGGAUCACGGCGCUGUCCCAUGGAGAGGGAGCCUCGUGGUCGACCAGCCCGCUCGGCACAGAACAGGACAUCAAGCCCGCGGUGCAGAGCGCCCGGGACGACAUGCACAGCUCCAGCAACAACUUGCAGCACCAGUCACGGCCGCCCCACCUGGUGCACCAAACGCACGGGAACCACCACGACGCGCGGGCGUGGAGGACGACCACCGCGGCGCACAUACCGAGCAUGGCGACGACGAACGGCCAGAGCCUUAUUUAUUCCCAGCCGGGCUUUAGCGUCAACGGGCUGAUCCCGGGGAGCGGGCAGGGGAUGCACCAUCACAACCUCAGAGACAGCCAUGAGGACCACCACAGCCCGCACCUCAGCGAGCACGGCCACCCUCCGUCCCAGCAUCAGCACCAGCACCGGCCGCAGAGUCACCACGAGCACUCGGAUGAGGACACGCCGACAUCUGACGACCUGGAGCAGUUCGCCAAGCAGUUCAAGCAGCGGAGGAUCAAGCUGGGCUUCACGCAGGCGGACGUGGGACUCGCUCUGGGGACCCUGUACGGAAAUGUGUUUUCCCAAACAACCAUAUGCAGGUUUGAGGCCCUGCAGCUCAGCUUCAAAAAUAUGUGCAAGCUGAAGCCUCUGUUGAACAAGUGGCUGGAGGAGGCGGACUCCACUUCAGGCAGCCCGACCAGCCUGGACAAGAUCGCGGCGCAGGGCAGGAAAAGGAAAAAACGGACAUCGAUCGAAGUGAGCGUAAAGGGAGCUUUGGAGAGCCAUUUUUUGAAGUGCCCUAAACCGGCCGCGUCGGAAAUAAUUGCCCUGGCAGACAGUCUUCACUUGGAGAAAGAAGUGGUGAGAGUUUGGUUUUGUAACAGGAGACAGAAGGAGAAACGCAUGACCCCUCCCGGAGGAGCGCUGCCGGGUAGCGAGGAUUUGUACGGGGACACGCCGCCGCACCACGGGGUCCAGACCCCAGUCCAAUGAACUCUACUGGACCGCUCCGCCAGGACUUGUUCGCCCUUUUUAUUUAUCCCUGAGGUUAUAUAUAAAUCACUGGACUAUGAGACGAUCUAGUGAGUGUUUUAUGUAUAAUAGAUUGCAGUGAGUACCUCCACAAUAUCUGCAGUGAAUGUGUGAGAGGGGAGGGAGGGAGGGGGGACAGUUUGUGCUCCCUCCGAGGACACAUGCUCAGCACUGUGACUCGACGCGAUUUCAAGGUGUAGCCCCUGUUGUGUAUUAAAAUGAUAUUUGACUCAAAAAUAAUGAAAAAAAAAAACAGGGAGGGGAGGGGGUAGAUGAAAAGCCUUGCAGAAUAUUUUCCGUUUGACACUUUUCUAUCACUUCCAACAUCUUUGUUGCUGUGUGCAAAAGCGGGUUAGUUUGUUGUAGCUGAAAAAUGUGCGUCCUGCAGUGAAGGGGACAGCUGGGGGUCAGAGAAAGCUGCGUUAAUGGAGUGAGCUGGAGGGCAGUAAAGGCUGCAGCCCCAGUCCAGUGGAGUCUCAUCUGUCAGCACAGAGGUCAACUACAAUUCAUCUAUUAUUAUUAUUAUUAUUAUUAUUAUUAUUAUUAUAAGUCUGCUGCGACCCAUACAAUUAGCGGUGUAAACACAAAGCCCGCUCUGUUUUUGUCAGCCAUCACAACCAGAGUUCAAUAACAUGAUCUCCUCCCUCAGAGCGUUUGUUCCGCUCCAAGAAAAGAAAAGGCUCCACGACGAUUGAUUGGACUAUCUGGCACUUUUCCCAUGACAAGAUGGGCUCUAGAUAUUUCUGCAAAAAUAAGAUGGCAGCAAAAACAUCCGGAUUCAUAUCUGUAAAUAUUGUAAAACCUUAAACAAAAAGUCAUGAAUUUAUCCCUUCUUUUUUUUAAAUGUAUUUUCCACUGGGGCACUUUUUUUUUCUCUGUUUUUCUAUGAUUAGCAUUAUAUAUUUUUUCAUUAUUGUAAUGAUCAGGCGAGCUGACUGACUUUCAAGAUCCAGCCUACCUACUGCCUUGUAUUUGCGUGCUGUUCUUUUUGUCGGUCAAAUUCACGCUCAGAUGCGAUUUUGCGCAUUUCAUUUCCAGCCCAUAUUAUUGAUUUAAAUGCGAGUGAAUCCAGUUUGGUUUGAGCCAUUUUGCGCCGCUCUGACGGUAAAAACAGCGCGUUAAAACUCAGUCUCAGACACAUUAUUAAGGUUUAGAAACGCUCAGAAAUAACCGAAAUUUUACAAAACGACAGUUUAUAACUUUUGCUUUCGUUAAUAAUAAUAUUUUGUAUCAUUAUUAUACAAUAAAUAAUAAGUAAUAAUAAUAAUAAUAUUAAUACGGCCUUUGCCGAUUUUCUUUUCAAAACACGUCUAAAUAAUAUUACCCAAAUUUGCAGCUUAUGAUCACAUUAUUAUUAUUAUUAUUAUUAUUAUUAUUAUAUUUUUUGCUUUAUUGUGGAGGGAAAAUAUGGUAAUAGGAAAUGGACUUUAUAUUUGUAGCUUUGUUUUGUUUUUAUUUGAUGAGCUUGUAAUUUAUUAUGGAAUUUUGUUAUAUAGAUGACGCAAAAGACGACAUAAAUAUAUCUAAAAUGAGACGGAGAAGGCUUUUGAUUUGCAGCGGGGAUUGCCACAAGCCUGGACAGUCAAACACAGCUAAAUGUGUGUAUAUAUAUAUAUUUUAAUUCCAAACAGUAGCUCGCUUUUUGUUUUAUGCAAAGAAACAUAUCCAGGGGUUUUAUUCCCUCCAUCCCUCCCUAAUUUUAUUUUAUUUUAUUUCCUCUCUCCUUUUUCUGCAGAAAUGACCACUGAAAUUUCUCUUCGGUAGCUUUAAUGAAACGACCAGAUUUGACUGAAGUUGUGGGAUGUAGACCUGUAGCAAUCCAACGCUGUGGAUUUGUUUUGCUUUACUGCUUGUUUUUUUUUUUUUUUUUUGCUGUUGUUUUGGGGCUGGGGGAUGUCAUAUUCACUGGAUGAACUUGGGGUAGAUCUAUCAGAGGUGAUAAACGCCUGCUGGUGUUUCAUCACUUGCCACAUGAACAAAGGACUUGCACAUUUUUAAAUAAUGAGGUUGAUAUUAAAAAGGCUUUUUUUCCAAUGUCAAGCUUACAUGUAUUUUUUAAAACAAAAGUAUAGAAUUAACCCCAGGAAAUGUGAGUUGUGGUGCAGCGGGUUCUGUUUUUGGUUGCAGCUCUGUCGUUUGAGAUUAAUUAAUGUGUGCAAGAAAAUUAGAGUAGAUGAAGGGAAGAUUGUGAGUUGCUGACAUGUUGUUUCUGCUCCAAGGCUGCUUUUAAAUGGACUGACUUUGACCAGGGAGGCCACAGCUUUCAUCUGGGGUUCAAUAGGUCUUCAAGCUGGGGUUCGAGGAGCAAAAAGUGGUCAUUGGAAGGAUUGAAAGGGGUCCAUUAAAGUGAUCUUAUUAACCUCUUAAAAAUUCUGGCAAUUUGUAUUUGCAAGUUUUUUUUCAGCACUUUAUUUCAGCUGGUCUGAGAUAACAACAAAUUGUAUUUCUUUAAUUGACCUCAUAAUUUGGCACCUUCUAAACUGCCAUCAUGGAGCCAUUUAUUGAGGCUAAACAGAAGCUCUCUGACUGAAACAAUAAAAAAGAAUGAGAUAUUAAAAAAAAAAGUUGUUGGUAAAAUGGUAAAACAGAAAUAUCUAUCAAAACAUUUGAAAGAUUUUGAUUUAACAAAUGUUAUGCUGGUGGUGAACCUGCAGCUGCUAUUUUCCUGUAGUAUAAUUUUGCUAAAAUGUUCCCAAAUGGAGCUGCUGAUUGAAAAUAUGUAGAGAAAACUCAAUGUUGCUUGUUUUAGCUGUGAUUGGGCAGCACAAAAAAAGCAAAAUAUGUGCUUUUUUGUAUUGAUUCUGAAUCAAAUUCCUUCCUGUUGCUUUAAUAAAGCCUGCAGCACCAUGAGCCUGUGGAUGUGCUGGGAAAGAGGUUUAAAACUUCUCAGCAUUAUAUGUGAAAGGGAUGAAUGGAUGGUGGCAAAUAAUGGCUGAUCAGUCAUUAUUAGCAUUUGGUGAAAGCACACAAACUUCAUGCUUCCACUGAGUUGGACUAUAGAGGGGCGUGUCAUCAGUAAUCUGUAGUUUCAUUGGAUAAAAAAAUUAUUAAAGAUUACCCUCUAGAAGAUCUAAACUAGCGUUUGCAGACAUGCUAAACUCAGUGGUUUUGUGCUGAAAACUGAUCAGAUUGACCUAAUUGUGUUUAUAAUCCACAACAGUUGACAUGUGGUAAAUUACAUGAUGAUAGACACACGUCAUAUCAUCCCCUACAACAGUGGACGUCCCUCUCUGCCUCAUCAUCAUCAUCGCCGUUAGCCGUUUGACCUGACCCGCCAAUUGGAUGCCUAACAUGCAUCGGCACUAGCCUAUCUCCUUCUCUCUGAUAUCCCAAGAAGACUUUUGAGAGGGGCCGCGUAAUAAAAACUGAAGCACGCCCUGGUGCCCUUCAUCCGCUCUCUAGCAGAUGCAAUUAAUAGCGCGUUGCGUUAAUUACACCUUCCUUUUUAUUUAGGUGACUUCAAAUUUCCCAUCAGGCUCCCAGAGAAAAAAAAAAAAAAAAAGAAUAACAGGCCUGUGCUGUAGUGCUGACUGCUGUGAAGAAAGUCUGAAGAAUGGAGGAUAGUCAGUGCUCCAGCGCCAUCUAGUGGCACCAACACGGCUAAAGGGUGAGUUCAAGAUCUCUUCUCACUGUAGUGCAGUCAGUAAGGGAGCAGGAAGACAAGGUGCAUACUAUCUGAACGAUUCCUAAUGAAUAGAUAAAUAUAUGAUAUAAGACUGCAUAGCUGUGUGCUUUUAGGGGGAAAUAUUUAGAAUAAAAAUAAAAAAACAGUAAUUUUUGAGUUUCAAUUUGCAUUUAAAAUGUCAACAUUUCAAAUUGUGUUUAAAAUUUCAAAUUCAAAGCUAUAGAUGAGUGAAAAUUUGUUCGUGACAUCAGAACAAACAGUUUCAGCAUUUCAGUGGAAAUGCUGAAACUCAAGCCGUAAGUGGAAAAUUUCAGGCCUUCAAUUGUAAUUUUUUUCAGUUCAUUCUAUUAAAAAAUCUCCAAAGAAAUGUCAGUCAACUCAAAGUACUGUACCUUACUGAACAUACAAACUCAAUUUGAGACAAUGUGUGAAAAGAAAAUAAAUAUUAAUAAAAACGUUGUGUGACUUUGA